CUUAUAUCAAAUUCAUAACAAAAACACGUUUAUCUGCAUUAACAUCUCUGUGGAACUAAUUAUGAGCAUCAACUCUGUUCUCACAUUGCUCUUCUGCUAUACAUUUCUCCUUGCUAAUUCGAAUUUAGUUAGUGCACAACCAUUCGAUUAUCCAUCAGCAAACCUUUCCACUUCCUGGACUAACACUCCUUCCGCUCCACAUUCGGUCCAAUUCACUGACGGAUCUCUGAUAAGAGCUACUCUUCUACGAGGAUCAUUCGGCCCCAAAUUCGCAUGUGGCUUCUACUGUAACGGAAAAUGUGACUCUUACCUUUUCGCCGUCUUCAUUGUUCAGACAAACAGCGGAUCAGGGAUUGUUCAGCCCAGUAUUGGAUUUCCACAGGUUGUUUGGUCAGCCAACAGGAACCAUCCUGUCAAGAUUAAUGCAACUCUGCAGCUGACUUCAGAUGGUGAUUUGGUUUUACGAGACGCUGAUGGUUCUGUAGCUUGGUCUACUAAUACUGCUGGAAAAUCUGUUGCUGGCUUGAACUUAACUGAAAGCGGAAACCUGGUACUUUUCAAUCAACGCAAGGCCGUGGUCUGGCAAUCAUUUGAUCAUCCUACUGACGCGUUGGUUCCAGGGCAGAAACUCGUGGCAGGGCAGAAACUGACAGCCAGCGUUUCCAGAACUAAUUGGACUGACGCGGGUUUUUACUCACUACUUGUCAACAGUAGAGGUUUAUUUGCGUACAUACAAUCCAAUCCUCCCCAGGCCUAUUAUGAAAAAAUUGUUUCGGGCUCUGACACGAGCAGAACAGCAAGUUACAUCAAACUCCUAAAUGGAAGCCUAGCGUUGUACAUCCAUUCAUCGGAGCCAGGUGAGCCGAGUGAAACAAUUCCCAUUCCUCAGGCCUUGUCAGCACAAUACAUGAAAUUAGAGUCCGACGGGCAUUUAAGAGUAUACGAAUGGCAAUCAGGGUGGAAACAAGUGGCCGAUCUUCUGACAGGAUUUUACGGUGAAUGUGCCUACCCUCUUGUUUGUGGAAAAUACAGUAUCUGCUCCAAUGGGCAAUGUAGUUGUCCUGGAUCAAGCAGCAGCGGAGCCAGGUACUUUCGACAAUCCGUGGAAAAGCAUCCUGAUCAAGGUUGUACAGAAAUAACUCCUCUCAGGUGUUCAGGUUCCAAGAAACAGAGACUUUUAGAGGUCCCUGAUGUUACAUACUUCACAUUUAACUCUAGCAUUGGUAAUACUAAUGUGGAGAGAUGUAAGCAGGCUUGUUUAGGUGAUUGUUCUUGCAAAGCAGCCGUGUUUCGUUACGGGUCGGAUCCUUCUAACGGGGAAUGCUUUUUGCCGAAGGAAGUGUUUUCGAUCAUGGACAAUGACAAGGAAAAGACUCAUUACAAUUCUACUGCAUUUCUCAAGGUGCAGAACAGGCGCUAAGUAAAAUAAAUACAUUUUCAAUCCAAAGAACAUAGAAUAAGUUACUCUGCACUGAGCAGGCUGCUUUUUAAAUUACAUGUAAUGAAACUUGUAACAUAUCUUUUAAGAAUAAAAUGGUUUUCUUUGCUAA